AUGCAGAGUCGACGGCUCUUAUCAAGAUCUACAAUAAAUGAUCAGUUGGCACAACCGGCACCGAGCGCACAAGCCUACAUGCAGAGUGGAGUUCUCAGCCAGAAUCAGAGUCUCGUAGAUGUCAAAAAAGUGCUUGUUAUUGGAAGCGGAGGCUUGAGCAUCGGCCAGGCUGGGGAGUUCGAUUACUCGGGAUCCCAAGCCCUAAAGGCGCUGAAAGAAGCCAAUGUUGCAUCCAUUCUUAUCAACCCGAAUAUAGCAACCAUACAAACAGAUCACAAGCUUGCAGACGAAGUGUACUAUCUGCCUGUCACUCCAGAGUACGUGACUUAUGUGAUAGAACGAGAACGUCCCGAUGGCAUACUUCUCACGUUCGGCGGCCAGACAGCGCUCAAUCUAGGAGUCAAAAUGGAUGACAUGGGUGUUUUCGAACGGUAUGGAGUAAAGGUAUUGGGAACCAGCAUCCAAACUCUGAGGACGAGCGAAGACCGAGACUUGUUUGCCAAAGCGCUCAAAGAGAUUGACAUACCCAUUGCUGAAUCGAUUGCUUGCACAACAGUGGACGAGGCAUUGGAAGCGGCUGAGCAAGUCAAGUAUCCUAUCAUCGUGCGGUCAGCAUACGCCCUAGGUGGGCUAGGUUCUGGAUUCGCCAACAAUCCAGAGGAACUACGGAAUCUCUCAUCAAGGUCUCUUACCUUGUCACCUCAGAUCCUUGUUGAAAAAUCACUCAAAGGAUGGAAGGAGCUUGAGUAUGAGGUCGUUCGAGACAGCGCCAACAACUGCAUUACGGUCUGUAAUAUGGAAAAUUUUGAUCCACUUGGAACACAUACUGGUGAUAGUAUAGUCGUCGCUCCAAGUCAAACACUGAGUGAUGAAGAAUAUCAUAUGCUGCGAAGUGCUUCGAUCAAGAUCGUGAGACAUUUAGGAGUAUGCGGUGAAUGCAAUGUUCAGUAUGCACUUCAACCGGAUGGACUUGAUUACAGGGUGAUCGAAGUCAAUGCUCGCCUGUCCAGGUCGUCCGCCCUCGCUUCGAAGGCUACAGGUUAUCCCUUAGCUUACACAGCAGCCAAGAUUGGCCUGGGUCACACUUUGCCGGAGUUACCAAAUGCAGUCACUAAGACAACUACCGCAAACUUUGAGCCUAGUCUAGAUUAUAUUGUCACGAAGAUCCCUCGGUGGGAUCUCAGUAAAUUCCAACAUGUCAAUCGUGAUAUAGGAAGCUCAAUGAAGUCGAUAGGAGAGGUCAUGGCCAUUGGCAGAACAUUCGAGGAAUCAUUCCAAAAAGCAAUCAGACAAGUGGACCCGAAGUUUGUAGGCUUCCAAGGCGACAAGUUUGACAACUUGGACGAGGUACUCAAAAAUCCAACAGAUCGACGAUGGCUUGCAGUCGGUCAGGCCAUGUUACACGAGAACUACUUAGUCGAAAGAAUUGCUGAAUUAAGCAAAAUCGAUAAAUGGUUCUUGUACAAGUUACAGGGCAUUGCGGACAUGCACCAUAGGCUCGAAGAUGUGGGGAGCCUUUUCGGUCUAAACAAGGAUUUAAUUCAGAAAGCGAAAAAGUUGGGAUUUGCAGACAAGCAGAUAGCGCAAUGUGUUGGAAGCACCGAAGACGACGUUCGAGCAAGGCGUAAAGGGUUUGGGGUUCGCCCAUUCGUCAAGAAAAUUGACACCCUUGCUGCGGAAUAUCCUGCGAGUACUAAUUAUUUGUAUACAACGUAUAAUGCGGCGUCUCACGAUGUGACAUUCGAUGAUCACGGGACGAUCAUCCUUGGCAGCGGUGUGUAUCGCAUAGGGAGCUCGGUCGAAUUCGACUGGUGCGCAGUCAAUGCUACCUUGUCAUUAAGGGCAAUGGGUAAGAAAACCGUGAUGAUUAAUUAUAACCCCGAAACCUAUUCCACUGAUUUCGACACCGCCGAUAAGCUUUACUUUGAGGAACUCAGCUACGAAAGAGUGAUGGAUAUCUAUGAGCUUGAACAGGCUAACGGAGUCGUGGUGUCUGUGGGGGGUCAACUUCCGCAGAACAUUGCUCUCCGUCUACAAGAAACUGGAAAAGCUCGAGUACUGGGAACGGAUCCCCUAGAUAUUGACAAAGCAGAGGACCGCCAUAAGUUUUCCCAAAUCCUUGACAGCAUUGGGGUUGAUCAGCCUGCUUGGAAAGAGCUCACUUCCGUGUCGGAUGCAGAAACCUUUGCUGAAGAAGUCGGCUAUCCUGUACUUGUUCGGCCAAGCUAUGUUCUUUCUGGCGCAGCUAUGAGCGUCAUUCAUAGCCAAGCAGAGCUGAAGGACAAAUUGCUCUCAGCAAGCGCAGUAUCUCCCAAUCAUCCAGUGGUAAUUACGAAGAUGAUCGAAAAUGCACAAGAAAUUGAUGUCGACGCUGUAGCAUCUGCAGGUAAAUUACUGAUUCAUUCCGUUAGUGAGCAUGUCGAAGCAGCGGGUGUACACUCCGGCGACGCUACCCUUAUACUGCCACCAGCCAGCCUUGAUGCGAAUAUCAUGGCACGUGUGAAGGAAAUAGCUGAGAAGGUCGCCAGAGCGUGGAGCAUUACUGGACCUUUCAAUAUGCAAAUCAUAAAGGCGGCCUCCCCCGGCGGUGCGGAGCCGUUGUUGAAGGUUAUUGAGUGCAACCUUCGGGCCUCGCGAUCGUUUCCUUUCUCGAGCAAAGUUCUGGGGACGAACUUUAUUGACGUAGCCACCAAGGCGCUGGUAGAUCGGGAUGUCCCAGAACCAGUAGACCUCAUGGCCCAGAAACGAGAUUAUCUAGCAACAAAAGUUCCUCAGUUCGCAUGGACAAGACUGGCUGGUGCAGAUCCAUUCUUAGGGGUAGAGAUGUCAAGCACAGGAGAGAUCGCAUGUUUUGGCAAGGACUUGAUCGAGGCUUACUGGACAUCGCUACAAUCAACCAUGAAUUUCAGGGUGCCAGAACCAGGAGAAGGACUUCUUUUCGGCGGCGACAUCUCAAUGGCAGAGCUGCCUUCGAUUGUUAAUUACCUGAGCCCUUUGGGCUUCAAGCUCUUCGCGGCGUCCCCCGACAUUAAAACAUACCUUGAGACCGAGGCUGACGGCGGAGUAUCAGUAGAGGUUAUCGAAUUUCCGAAAGAAGAUAAGCGGGCUCUGAGGGACGUGUUCAAGAAGUAUGACAUCAGAGGAGUUUUCAAUCUGGCUCACAAAAGGGCUGAAAGCCUCUUGGACGAAAAUUACGUGAUGAGAAGGAAUGCCGUAGAUUUUGGUGUCCCCUUGUUCAUGGAACCCAAGACGGCGUUACUUUUCGCGCAAUGUAUGAAUGCGAAAUUGCCACGGAAAGAAGGCAUUCCACCAGAAGUACGAAGAUGGAGUGACUUCGUGGGUGGCUAUUGA